AUGGUCGUGGUUCCGAAAAUGCGGAAGAACUACUUCAGCUUGAUUUUGAGAUCUUUGAAGUUCUUGGGGAUAUCUUUCGAUGAAAUCGAAAAUCCUCACCUAUCAAUGUUGUACACUGUUUACUCGUUUACAUUUUUAGUCACCUGCAUUUACUAUUAUAUAUUUGCUGAAUUCGUCGAUCUGUUGAUGCACUACGGAGAUUUCGAUUACAUGACGUUUAAUCUAUGUUAUUUGGUAACCCAGGGAACAGGAAUGCUGAAAGGUACUCUGCUGUUGCUAAACAGAAAAUCGAUUAAACGUUAUUGCGACAAAUUGGAGAGCGGACAUCUUUUACCAAACUUUGAUCGUGGUGGAAUUUCAGAAUUUAAACAUAUUCAAAAAGCUAUAAAGAUUUGCAAUUUUCAAGCCGUAGUUUUCUACACUUUUGUCAUUAUUAUAGUUGCGAAUAGAGCAAUUUACGCUGCUAUAGAUCAGUCAAUUAGUUAUAGCAGAGAUAACGUAACGAAUGAAACUACGACUUUAAUUACGAGAAUUCUACCUUAUCCCAUCUACUUACCUUUCGAUACGCAAAUCUACUACAAAACUGCGUUCGUUUAUCAAGUUUACAGUUGCACGCUAUUUGGAAUUUACAUUGGUGCUUGCGAUGCUCUAAUUACUGGGAUAAUGGUGCACAUAAAGGCCCAAAUUUUGAUUUUGAAAAAUAGUUUGGGAAAUAUUACUGAAAGAGCUAUUGCCUUAUACGAGAAAGAAAACCACACUUUAAGCAGGACUCUUGGAGUAUUAGAAAAGAUCCCACCGAAUAUCCAAAAAUAUGUUACCAUGGUUACUAGAGACACAGUUCAACAUCAUCAAGUUAUCAUUGCUUUGACGGACGAAGCUGAAAUUCAAUUUUCUAUUGUUAUGUUAGCGCAAUUCCUGGGCAGUCUCAUGCUAAUGUGUCUUCAACUAUACCAGCUCUCAUUGUACGACAUCAAUAGUCCAAAAUUUUUCAGCAUGGUUUCGUAUCUGUUUUUAAUGCUUUUCCAAUUGCUCAUUUACUGUUGGAAUGGUAACGAAUUGUCCAUAGAGAGUUUGAAAGUAGCUGAUGAAGUAUACUCCAGCAAUUGGAUUGUCUUCGAUAAUGAUACUAAAAAAUCUUUGAUGAGUAUGAUGAGAAGAGCACAGAAACCCAUUCGAUUGUCUGCAGGGAAAUUCGCAUACUUAUCUUUGGAAACCUAUACAACUAUUCUUAGAGGUUCUGCAUCUUACUACCUUGCUUUAAGAAGAAUUAACGAAUAG